AUGAAGAAUGCGUGGGUUCUACUGGCGACCUAUGCACUUCCAUCUCUAGGUGCCUUAACGCUACACCAGCGAGACACUCCGGCUGUCGUCGGCUUUGAUAUUAAACGGAGAGAUAUCUCCAACCCCGUCGCCAGAGAUCGUGCCAGACGGAAGCGGUCGGAUACGGUCAGCGUGGGCUUGGAUAACGAGGAACUCCUCUACCUGGUCAAUGUCACUCUUGGUACUCCCGAACAAAGCUUGCGCCUGGUCAUCGAUACCGGGAGCAGUGAUCUAUGGGUGAAUGUGCCCAAUUCAACCUUCUGUGAAGAAUACAAAGACUAUUGCGAUACUUUCGGUACUUACGAUUCGAGUGAUUCCUCCACCUAUGCCUAUGUAAACUCGGAUUUCAAUAUCAGCUAUGCCGACGGCUCCGGAGCCGCCGGUGUCUACGCUACCGAGACCCUUCACAUUGGGGAUAAUACACUGACGGACUUUCAAUUUGGAAUUGGUGAUACCUCGACUUCGGAAGAGGGUGUAUUGGGAAUUGGAUAUAUGACCAAUGAAGCCGUGGUCGGCACUGCCGGGGCUUCAUCCUACGCGAAUCUGCCCAAGGCCAUGGUGAACAAGGGCUUGAUCAACUCCAAUGCCUACAGUCUAUGGUUGAACGAUCUAGAUGCCAGUGAAGGUUCCAUCCUAUUCGGCGGCGUGAACACCGACAAGUACCACGGCACCCUCGAGACUCUACCAAUUCAAAAAACCGGCGACGAAUACACGGCCUUCUAUAUCGAUCUGACCGCAGUCGCCUUGACAAACUCCUCGGGAACCACCAACUACUCUUCCUCCGAACUCCCCACCGUGGUUCUGCUCGAUUCCGGUAGCUCCCUGACCUAUCUCCCGGACAGUGUGGUCGAGAAGAUCUUCGACGACCUUGAUGUCACCUACGAAGAAUCCGAGGGCUAUGGUUAUGUCCCCUGCAGCAUAGCCAAGAAGGACUACAAUAUCUCAUACACUUUCUCCUCUCCCACCAUCACCGUGGGCAUCGCCGAGUUGGUCCUGGAAUUGGAAGAGGCUUACUACAGUAAUGGUGAAGCUGCCUGCACCUUUGGCAUUGUUCCAGCGGGAGAUAGUACCUGUGUGCUAGGAGAUACCUUCCUGCGCAGCGCGUACGUGGUAUACGAUCUGGCCAACAACGAGAUCUCCUUGGCCAAUACCAAUUUCGACUCCACUAGCAACAACAUCAAGGAGAUUGGCACCGGUUCGGAUUCCGUACCGGGGGCCUCUUCCGUGGUUAACCCAGUAACCACUGCUGCCGCUGGGGGUGAUGGUGCACGCAUUGGAGGCCCCACUGGUGACAGCACUGCCGUCAUCACCAUGGGCAGUGGAAAGACCAGUAAUCCUGCCGCACCAGGCCCGACCGGUAUGCCCAAGCAUCUGGCUUGGGGUCUUGCUGGCGCCGCUUUGCUAGCUCUGUGA